CAGUAUCACGCCCUCGGCGCGGGCCAGCAGGACCCGAACGAUCCAUACAAUCAGCACAACAAUUCAGGCCAGGGCGCACCGAACCAGUUUCAACACCCCAUUGCUCCCAACCCCUAUCAGGGACAGCAACAACCAGCUCAAGGGCAGCAGUAUUAUGGCACCCCUUCGCCAAUGGGCCCUGCUGGUGGUCCCUCGCCCGUGCAGACACAAGGAUACUUUCAGGGUCAGGUGCCUUCACCGGAUGGAAACGAUAUAAAUGCUCAGAUGGCAGGCAUGUCGCUGGGCGCAGAGGGACGGCACACUGGCACGGGCAAGAGGAAGAAGAAGGACAGGCACGCGUACCACGCCGUGGAGAGCCAGGGCUCGUCACAGGCAUUCAAUGGCAUCCCUCCGGCCGGGACUCCUGCGACCGCCUUCUUGAACGCUGACCCCUCAGGAACCUCGGGUUUCGUCGGUCAGCCAGGCAUGUUGACGCCCCAAAGCCAGUUCCCUGCACCUGCUGGCGGACAAUAUACCCCGGGCAGCACUGCUUCUCCGGCCGAGUUUGCUUCGAGGAAUGGUUCGACCGAAGCUGCAGUGGCCGCCGGAGGCCAGGCCAAGGUCUCCCAGGACGAGCUACCCAGUGUGCCUCUGGCCCGAGAUGCUGCACAGCAAUUCUAUCUGACCAAUAUCUAUCCAACUUUCGAGAAGCUCGUCCCGCCUCCCGCUGCUACCUCGUUUGUCGCUUUCGACCAGGGCAAUUCCUCGCCCAAGUUCGCUCGCCUGACCAUGAACAACAUUCCGGCGACAUCGGAGGCAUUGCACACCACUGGUCUUCCUCUGGGUCUCAUGCUCCAGCCGCUGGCUCGCCUGCAGCAUGGCGAGAGCGAGGUGCCUGUUCUGGACUUUGGCACUCUUGGCCCGCCCCGGUGUAGCAGGUGUCGAGCGUACAUCAACCCUUUCAUGAUGUUCCGGUCUGGAGGCAACAAGUUUGUCUGCAAUCUCUGCACGUACCCCAAUGAGACUCCGCCAGAAUACUUUUGCGCAACAUCGCCCCAGGGCAUCCGUGUAGACCGGGAUCAGAGGCCGGAGCUGUGCCGCGGCACCGUCGAGUUCGUCUGUCCCAAGGAAUACUACAACAGAGAGCCUGUGGGUCUGCGUUGGUUGUUCGUCAUCGAUGUGACCCAGGAAGCUUAUAACAAGGGAUACCUGGAAGCAUUCUGCGAUGGCGUUCUGGCGACGCUGUAUGGCGCAGGUGGUGACGAAGAGAAGGAUGAGAAUGGUGAGGUGAAGCGGAAGUUACCACCAAACUCGAGGGUUGGUUUCGUCACUUAUGACAAGGAGGUGCAUUUCUACAACUGCAGCGCCGCCUUGGAGCAAGCUCAGAUGAUGAUCAUGCCUGAUAUCGAUGAUCCCUUCGUGCCCUUGAGCGACGGGCUUUUUGUGGACCCAGAAGAAUCAAGGGCCGUAAUCUCCUCACUGCUCACCAGGCUGCCUCAGAUGUUCUCAGGAAUCAAGAACCCAGAGCCAGCUUUGCUCUCGACCCUGAACUCAUGUGUAUCAGCUCUGGAGAAGACUGGCGGAAAAAUCAUCUGCUCACUGGCAGCACUUCCCACGUGGGGUCCCGGUCGUCUCUUUAUGAGAGAUGACGGCAAGCACCCCGGUGGCGAGAUCGACAAGAAGCUGUUCACCACCGAGCAUCCUGGCUGGAGAAAAGUGGGCGAGAGGAUGGCAGCCGUCGGAGUCGGUGCGGAUUUCUUCAUGGCAGCGCCGACGGGUGGCUAUCUCGACAUUGCGACUGUGGGCUAUGUUGCUGCUAUCACCGGUGGCGAGACCUUCUACUACCCGAACUUUAUUGCCGGAAGAGACAAUGCGAAGCUGUCGCUCGAGGUGAAGCACGCAGUGACGCGGGAGACCGGCUACGAAGCUCUGAUGAAAGUGCGGUGCUCGAAUGGGUUGCAGGUGUCUGGGUAUCACGGUAACUUCAUACAACACACCUUCGGCGCGGAUCUGGAGAUCGGCGUCAUCGAUGCCGAUAGGGCGAUUGGCGUCACAUUCAGCCAUGAUGGGAAGCUCGACUCAAAGCUGGACGCGCACUUCCAGUCGGCACUGCUGUACACAACAGCAAAUGGAGAGCGCAGGGUCCGUUGUUGCAACGUUGUGGCUAGCGUAAGCGAUAUUGCCAAGGAGAGCAUCAAAUACGUCGACCAAGACGCUGUCUACUCUAUUAUCGCAAAGGAGGCAGCGACCAAGCUGGCCAGCACGUCGGCCUCUAUCAAGGACGUCAGACUCAACCUGCAGGAGAGGACGGUCGACGUCAUGGCCGCCUACAGGAAACACUUUGUCUCACAGUCCUACCCCCCAGCUCAGCUCGUUAUGCCCGACAAGCUGAAGGAGUUCUGCAUGUACAUGCUCGGACUGAUGAAAUGUCGCGCUUUCAAGGGCGGCAACGAAACAUCUGACCGGCGUGUGCACGAGAUGCGCAUGAUCCGCGGCAUGGGCUGUCUCGAGAUGAGCCUGUACCUCUACCCGCGCAUGAUUGCGCUGCACAACCUCCAGCCGGAGGAGGGCUUCGCGGAUCCCGCAACGGGCCACCUGAAGCUGCCUCCUUCCAUGCGCAACACCUUCAGCAAGGUCGAGCCUGGCGGUGUCUAUCUGAUGGACAAUGGGCAGCAGUGCAUGCUGUGGUUCCACGCACAGACGUCGCCGAACCUCAUCCAGGAUCUUUUUGGUGAGGAUAAGUCGAAGCUACAAGACCUCGACGCGUACAUGAGCGACCUACCAGUCCUCGAGACCCACCUGAAUGCGCAGACGAGGAAUAUCCUGGAGUUCUGGAAAACCACGAGGGGGUCCAAGGGCUUGACGAUACAGUUAGCGCGACAAGGCAUUGACGGGGCGGAGUAUGAGUGGGCGCGGGGUCUGGUGGAGGACAGGAACAAUGAGGCACAGAGUUAUGUGGAUUGGCUAGUGAACAUACAUCGCAUGGUUCAGCUCGAAUUGGCUGGCCAGAGGAAGAAGGAGGUUGAGACGAGUGAGGGCUCGACACUCGGCAGCUUCGCGGGCCUGCGACCGGCAUACUGGUAGUUUACGGCGCGUCUUUGUGGGUCUAUUAUGUACGACGAUGAUCAUACAGGCAUACCAACCUCUCCUUGGUCCGCAUCAUCAUUCAUAUGACAUUGUUAGGGGGUCCGCUUGGAGGGACCAGCUGUUUUGUGACCGUGUUGAGGGCUUGGCAUCAACUAUGCGACGAGCGAAAGUGUACUGAGGCUCCAUUACUGUGGAUGUGAGGCGACAGCUCAAAGGAGCCACAAUAUCGAUUAUGAUGAGUAUACAGAGAGCUGACCAG